GUUGUGUUGUUGCACCAGAGCCGCUGUCAUGUGAUAGCUCUUCCGAGGAGCUGCUGUUGACAGUAGCUUCCUACCUUUACAUGAAGCUAAAGUAAAACUACGCAGGAGAACAGUUUUAUGUUGGAGAAGAUAAACACGGCUCGUUUCUGACGGAGAAGCCGGGCUUGUGUAGUUUCGCCCCUCGGACGCUGACAUGGGGUGCUGUUACAGCAGCGAGAACGAUACCCAGGAGCAGCGUAAUGAACGUAAGCCGCUGAUCCCCCACCCGGACCCUGUCAGUAAACCGCCAAAUGGGACCGAUUGGAUCACUACCAGUGUCCCCUCCGCGAGGACAGAUGAGCAGGCCCUCCUUACAUCCAUCCUCACUAAGACGGCACAGAACAUCAUUGAUGUCUCAGCAGCUGACUCUGUCAUGAUGGAGCAGCAUGAAUACAUGGACAAAGCUAGGCAAUACAGUACUAAGCUGGCUGUGUUGAGUAACAGUCUGCCCCAGAGGAAAGCUCUCGCUCUCCCUUCCCUCACCAGCCAGCCCCACCAAGUGCUUGCAAGUGACCUGGUGCCAUACUCAGAUGUUCAACAGAUAUCCAAGAUAGCAGCGUAUGCUUACAGUGCAAUUUCACAAAUCAAAGUGGAUGCUAAAGAAGAACUGGUGGUCCAGUUUGCCAUUCCCUGAUUCUGCUACCAUGGCCUGCAUACUGUUUCUCCCAUCACGCUCUCUUUUAUGUCACUUCUGCAUCAACACCCACAAGCCCACCAUUAAUUAAAGCAUCUCAGUCCUUUCUGCUUCUUAGCUAUGCCUCUAACUGCUAUAAAGACAGAAACAAUGUAGGAUUGCACCCUAUGGCCAUCUUAAUUUAGUGUACAUAAUGAUGGGUCAGUGACAAAUCAGCAUGGGCAAGGGAAGAUGGUCUACUAUAGAAGGGCCAUUGGGGUGUGCUCUAUUAUUUACAACAAUUACUCCUCUGUACGCAAUGCGUGGAUCACAGACUCAGUCAGAACCAGCUGGAAAAUCAUAAUUUAUCCUACUUGUUGAUCUCCCUAAUUUUACUCACAGUUUUAAUUUAGUUUGUUCCCUUCGCCUGUACACUCAGGCAAACAGACUGUUAUAAAGGCAUGGAAGUGUCCCACAGUGUAUUUAGCUGGGAUAGAGUUGAAGGAUUUCUGGCACAAUGCAUCAGCUAUUGGCGUGUAUACAAUCUCCACUGGAACAUGGAGAAAUAAGAAAUAUCUGUGUCAUGGAAGAAUUAAAAUGACCACAGUACUGUAGGUGCAAGUACAAUGGUAUUUUAGCCAUUCACCAGGAUAAAAACUUGCAAUAUGGCAUAAAGUUAGCACUACAUAUGCCUUUAGCUCUGUUGUCAGUUGGGAAAACAUUCAGAAAUAGUCAAGUAAAGAAAAUAUGUCAGCAAGAUGUCACUAUAAUUUAGACGGUUUACUUCGACAGUCCUGAUGUGUGCUGCAGAGACUUUAGGCAUCACACAACCCAGUUAUCUGGUGUCACACUUCACCAACCAUGUCUCCCUGCCACCCAAACGUAAUCAGUAAGUAGUUGGUUAUUUGUUCUCCAGUGGGUAAUCUGUUGUUCCAUUUGAGGCUAAAUUGACCUGUUUAUGGUUGGUGUACUCUGGAGGGUGAGGAUGCGAACAUAAGCAGGGGGAUGCUGGGUGGGCAUAAUGUCUCUGGUUUUGAGUUUACAGACAGUAAUGUGUCCUCUGCUUUUUUUUAAUAGCACUGAGAAAAUGUAUCUGGCAAACUCUUUAAAUCGAAUCCCAGAACUUCACAUAUUUAAUAGCAGACGAGGCCUACAGCGAUCAGAGGGUGGGCAGGUGUAGGGUGCACGGACAUUAAUCAUGUAUUCAUGCCGCCUUUGUACAGAAUUUUCUGAUUGAUCAUAAAAACGUGAGUUGUACGAAGUUCCUCUUUUUGUAGAGAGUUCAUUGGUCAGGAUUGGCUAAAAUUUGAGUAGUGAUAACAAAUGUUUUUAUGAAACUGAAGAACCCUUUUAAGGCCUGCAAUUGUUAGCUUUUAAGCAAAGCUUUUCGCUGCAGACUAUAAUAUGAUUGAAUUACUCAUAUUAAUCAGAAACUAACCAUUGUAGCAGUUUGGGGGAGCGCUAACAACCUAUGUACCAAAACAGAUAAAAUGAUCCGAGACCUUUUGUGAUUAUUUAUUUGUGUUUUAAAAUGUUUACUUGCUCUUUGGAGGAGAGCACAUGACUGUAUGCGUGUGCAGGGAGCAGUCUCUAAAGGGAUGAUCUGCAAGGCUGUGAUUACUUCAACCACGCAACUGAUUUGAGCUUUUUGCAAUGGGUUCUUGGCAUUUGUUUCUGUUUUCUUUGUUACUCAAAUGUGUUCUACUACCUGACAUAUGUUUGAUAUAUCUUAGGCUAGCACCAAAAAGUUUUAAGAAUUUGUUGUUUUUGUUUGUUUUUUGGUUUAAUUAUCUCAUUAAAGAUGUUCAACAUAA